GAGUUUGAAUAGAUUGCAAUGAGUUUAGCUGGUAAAGUUGUUAUUGUAACCGGAGCGAGUUCCGGCAUUGGUGCCACCACAGCUGAGGCCUUUGCUAAGCAAGGUUCCAAAGUGGUGCUCACAGGACGAAAUGAGGCAAAUCUGAAGGCUACUGAGGCAGCCUGUAAAGCGGCCAACAGCAAAGUGGAACUACUACUCAUCGUCGCCGAUGUAACGACAGAUGCCGAGAAGAUUAUCAAAACAACAAUUGACAAGUUCGGACAGUUGGACGUGUUGGUGAAUAACGCCGGCUUUGGGGAAGGAGGUUCAAUCUUGGAUAUUAAUGUCGAUCAAUUUGAUCGUGUCAUGAAUACAAAUUUACGUUCGGUCUUCCUGCUCACCAAGUACGCCGCACCACAUCUCGUGAAGACCCAAGGUAAUAUCGUUAAUGUUUCCAGCGUCGCAGGAUUGCGUGCAAACGCUGGCUUUUCGGUCUAUUGCACGUCCAAGGCAGCUUUGGAUCAAUUCACCAGGUGUAUCGCCUUAGAUUUGGCGUCGAAAAAUGUGCGUGUGAAUGCCGUAAAUCCUGGAUUGAUUGUGACAAAAUUCUAUCAGGGUCUUGGCAUAUCGGAAGAAGUUUAUGCUAAAUAUAUAGAGCAUUCGAAGACUACGAAUCCAUUGGGUCGCGUCGGCGAACCGAAGGAAGUAGCUGAUGCCAUUAUUUUCCUUGCGAGUGACAAUUCGAGCUUUAUAACGGGCGCAACUCUGCCGAUCGACCCCGCACCGGAACCCCGCAGUCGUUGUCCUGUGUGUACUUAUAUGUUUUAA